UGAUUUUGCUCUUUUGCUUUCUCUGCCUCACCUAAAAUAUGGCUAAGUACUUCGCCUUUCUGCUUCUCGCUCUUUUCGCCAUCUCCAUGCUGCACAUUCCCGUCAUGGCAUCCCAGUUUGAGGGUCAGUUGAGCAAGAGUGGAUAUGGCCCUGGCAGCCUCAAGAGCUACCAAUGCCCAUCGCAGUGCACGAGGAGGUGCAGCAAGACCCAAUACCACAAACCGUGCAUGUUCUUCUGUCAAAAGUGCUGCAAAAAGUGUCUAUGCGUUCCCCCGGGGUAUUAUGGGAAUAAAGCUGUCUGCCCUUGCUACAAUAACUGGAAGACUCAGCAAGGAGGACCAAAAUGCCCUUGAUUUUUCACAUACUACAUCAUUAGACUAUAUUAUCUACUAUCAAUUUAGUCUACUAGUAUGUGUUACUCUUUUUUUUUUUUUUUAAAUUUUAUCUUAUGAUGUUUGUUUUGGGAGUUUUUGGUAACUCCCAUUAUAGUAUGUGAUUUGAUAUGUGUAAGCUGAGCUGCUAUGCCACUCCAUUUGAGGGCUUCCUCUUGAGUGAGAGUUGUUUAUUUAUGAAAUCGACUACUCUAUAUUGAA